AUUCAUACGGCUUGAACGCAUUUCUUUCCAGCGCACUCUUGAUCGAAAAUAAAAUAUAGUUGUACAAAAAUGCGAGUACCAAAAAAGACGGUGUAAACAACUUGGUUCAAAGGUCACCAUUAACUCCGAGUGAUCUAUAGAUUCUUUCUGUUUGUGUACAGUACAACACUUGCACAGCAUUUGGAUGAAGUUACUUUGGCAAUACUACACCCGCACCAUCUUGUGUCAGAAGGUAUGACCAUGCAAAAAUUGUUUUAGAUACUUAGAGUAGGCUACUGUUAUUAUUUUUUAUUUUAAAUCUGAGUAUCUAUGUCAAGUAUAUUCUAAUAUAAUAAUAUAAUGGCCGGCGAUGUGUAGGAGGGCGACGCGCGCCUUGCAUAUAAUUUAAAUUAUAAAUAUACGACUAUGACUAUGGCAUGUAAUUUUACGCGACGGGUAGAAACAAAUUUCGCUAUUGGUAGAACUAUUUCACUAUUCCUUCCGCAUACAUACAUUUCGUGGCGAACAUAUCAACGUUAAUAGGCACUUCGUUACCGCCCCUGACACGCCGAAAACCGGGUAUCCUGACUUCGUUUUCAAAAUGGUGACCUCCACUUUUUAAUUUACCGAAGUUAUCGUUGUUUCGAAUUAUUUUUUUUUCCAGAUAUUUAACCCAGCAUGCAUAUUCUACUUCCUCUAAUAUCUUAGGUGUUACAGUUACAGUAGACAUCUUGGGUGACAUCUUGUUUUCUUAGCCACUUUAGUUCUAAAACGAAGUUGAGGUCUUAACUUUGAAUAUUAAAGGUAAAAGUAAAAAAAUGCUAUGUUUCUUUAUUGUACACUUCUAGAUACAAUCCGUGACAAGAAGUGUUAAUGCGUUAAUGACCUGCGGUCAGCCCCUUUCCUGGCGCAAUUUCAGCCGAUAAAUAAAUUUUGUGUCAAAUGUAGCAAAUCUCUCCGCGUUAGCCAGUUACACACUGUGGUGACAAUUGGAAAGUCUACAAAUGAAGAAAAAAUAAAGAUUAUUUAAAGAAUAUUGCUGUUAUGUCAACAAUAGUACAUUUUUGUCCUUUUAAAAAAUGCGCAAUUGUUAACAAAGUCUGAGAAGUGUCCAUUGUACAGUGCAUGCACAUCGUCACAUUAACUAAUUGAGCCCUGGAAAACCGCAAUUAUUCAUAGCUCUAUUUCACCUUACUGAAAUUACUGGUAAAAUACCACUUUAGGAUCGGUUAUCAAAAUAUUAGUGUUGUUCUUAUUUGAAGUGCUAUUUAAGUUUAAAUGGUAUUCUUUAAUUGAAAAUAUACAAUUCUUUUAUUGAUCUAAAUAAUUGAAAUUUUUUUUGCUGACAUUGUUCACAUUAAUUUCAGCAUAUGUAUAAAAGAUAAAAAUUUUAAAUCGAAAAGUUUAAGCAAUUUUAUAAUUUUUAAAAUAUAAAAAAUUAAAGAUUUGCUGAAAAGAAAGCAGAAUUUGAGUUUAUAUCAUCCCUCUAUGCACUCCUGUAAUGUGGUCACACCUCGGUCUGGCACUUCAAAAGAAAACUGUGCCCAUGCUCUUCUAUUACACGGAAGCCAGUUACCCUCUCUCCAAUGUACCAUUAACUUUUUAAUAACUUACGUUGAAGUGGUAGAUUACCUUAUAAUUAUUUAUUAUAAAUAAUAAGCUAAUCUGCGAGUACUGUUUGCUGAAAACAAAUGGGGACUAAAACGGACAACUCAAACUACAACUGACAACAUAUUUUUAAAAUUAAACUGUAAGCCAAACAAUUUUAAAGGAAAUAUGAAAGAUUUUGAUUUAGUUCAUUAAUUUUGAUGAAACCUAUGCCUAUACUGCUGAGUUAAACAUAGGCGGGCAUUUCCAUGCUAGGCUUAGACUGAAGUAAGAUUUUAAUAUAUUAUUGAUACGGGACUAAUUGACGAACCUAACACAUAAGCUCAAGAGAGUAGGUGGCCAAAAAUCUUAAUAAAUUUAUUACUUUAAAUUAGAUAAGUUAGGCCCAAUAAGGUUAAAAUUAUUUGUUUCUCAAUAGGCCCAAUAAGGUUAAAACUAUUUGUUUCUCAAUCUGAACAUUCAAUUUAUAAUUUAUAUAGUAAAUAGUAGACUUCUUAGCCUAUUAUUUUUAAAUUUGGAUAAUUAUACUAUUGUUAUUUUUAAAGCAUGACAACAUUAAUUUUGUUUAAUGAUUACACAAUUGAUGAUUAAAAAUGUAUAGUUUUCUGUAAUUGUUAAUUUUUAUGUGAAGUGCAGUGAGCCUAGCCCUACUGCACUACUGUGCUAUAUAAAACCACCUUAAUAAUAAUAGUAACCCAAACAUUAACUUUUAAAAAAAAAAUCACAAUUUUAAUGAUUCCCUAUAUUUUAUACUUAUUUAACUUAGCAACCACUUAGCAGAUUUAAGUAGUACAUUUUAAAUAUUAAAAAAACUAAGCAGUUAAACUACACAUUUUCUUAAAUAUUUGGAAAAUCAAAUAAAUCAAUAGAAGUGAUUGGCUAUAUUUCAUUGGUUCCACUAUUUCACUAAUUUCGUUUAAUAGCCUACAUGAUAACAUGACUUCAUACUUUAAAAGUUUUACAACACAUUUUAUUGUUUGCAUGAUGAUUCUUUAUUAUUACUUUUUAAAAAUUACUUUAAUUUUAGUAAAUUUAGUAUCAUCUAUUUUUUUUUAAUGUGGUUGAUUUUUCUGGAAAGAUACCUUAAAAAAACCGGGCAUGACUUUAUAAACUGCACAUUACUUGGGCUGACAUUGGUUGUAGACACACCACAAGCAGUAUAGCAGAUCAGGCCUAGAGUGUGGUCAAUGACACUGUUGUUUGUGAUCCCAGUACCGUUACUCAAAACAAUACCACAGAAGUGAACUUUAUUUUAAACUUUCAUUAUUAAGGUGUCGACCUUACUGACGUCUUAACCAAUUCUGAAUUAGUAUGAGACUGCAAAACUUAAAACUCAGGUGUGUUUGUUAUUCAAGAGGAAUUAGAUAAGGCCACACAUGUGGGCGAUAUUGUUAACAAAGCAUCAUUAUAGCCCAUUACUGUAACAAGUACUUUUAUGGCCCCCUUAUUGUAUUGAAAGAGUUAAAUGUUUCCAUGCCUGGUAUAAAAAAAUAAUAUAGAAUGAUCUAUAACUGUAGGUUGAUAGAGAUGGCUCAUUUUGUAAUGCUGGAACUGGAAUAAAUGUCAGUCAUCAUAUUUAAUUUAACAGUGCACCCGCAUGAAUGUUUUUUCUCUUAACUGGUUUUCUUUAUAGUGAAAUAAAUCAGAGCAAUUGUUUUAUUAAAGCAGUAGGAUUAGUUAGUCGUAGAUAGGGUGACUAAUCUUGAAAUGGCCAGAACUUUGAUAAUAUUAUAUCUAAAAUUCCUGAUUAUGAUUGAGUUCUUUUGUAGCGCUAGUGUCCAUGCUAUUUUAGCAUACUCACAGGGUUCUGAUGAUCUAUUUAAAGAAAAAAGUCCUUAAAUGGUUUUUAAAUGACUUUUUAUCAUUUUCAAUUUCCCUCAAACUGUUUCACAAUUUAGGUGCAAUAGCUUCAAAAGAGCACAUGACUUCUUUCUGUGUCCAUCCACACUGGGAACUCUCCCUACUGUUCCACAAUUUAGGUGCAAUAGCUUCAAAAGAGCACAUGACUUCUUUCUGUGUCCAUCCACACUUUGAACUCUCCCUAAGGAAUGUUUUAAAGAGCGCAGGUUCUUUAUGGAUACAUGUUUAGAAAUCAGUUUUUUAAGAUAUAAAGGUGCAGAGCCUUCUAUACAGCUAUACGCCAGGGACAGAAUAUUGUGGACUUUGUGCUCACUCAUUGGAAGCCAAUGGAGAUCUUUAAGAACUAGGUUGACGUGGUCAGAUUUCUUAAUACACGAUAUGAUGCGUGCUGCAGUAUUUUGUACCUUCUGGAGUCUCUGAAUUUGGUUUGAGGUAAACCCCACAAACAACUGUUUCAGUAAUCUAAUCUUGAUUGGAUUAGAGUGGCUGCUAUGGCAAUGGCUGUUCUCUUAUACAGUUGAGGAUGCAGCUGACCCAGAUAGCAUAGAUGACAGAAACAGUCCCUGAGCACAGAACUGAUAUGAGGGAUCAUAGUAAUUUUAAUGUCAGUGUAGAAGCCAAGAUCUCUAACAGUGUUGGAAAAGGGGAUCUCAGAAGCACCACCUUUUAAUCGAUGCCAUAGCAACCUUCCGAAUAUUGGCAUCAGAACCACAUACCAUUGCCUCUGUCUUAUCGUCAUUUAAUUUAAGUCUGUUUGAUGCCAUCCAUGAUUUCACCACAAUACUGCAGUCCUCGACAGCUUGCACAGCAGCAGCACAGUCCAAAGGUUCGGGGGGGGGGGGGACCAUUUUCACAGUUCUGUGUCAUCCGCAAAUAGUAAUCUUAGACUAGCAUUUUAAUUGUACUGGAGCUAGAUCAACAGUACAUGGAGAGGGGAGUGGGGGUGAAAAUCUUGUAUGUCCAACCAAGUGGUAUUUUAAAAUUUGCUUGUGUCUGACUGAGGUCAGCCAUUUUAAUAAGGAAACAUUUGGAGGAAUAAUGACAGAUAAAUGAAAGUUAUCAUUUUGUAAUGAUGGUCAGCCAUCGUAGUUGUGCUUCCUUAUUAUCUCAAUUAACUUGUGUAACAUGGGUCACUUUGUAGUAAAUGUCAAUCCAAUGACUGAUGUUACCAUUGUUAAUGUUUUUUUCUUGUUCAUUUUAUUGUACCUUAUUUUGGUCUGACAUCUAUCACAGCUUGGAGGAGACUGUAGGAAGUGUGAAAACAUCCCAAUGGGCUAUCCUGUUGUCCCUUUUCAAAAUGAAAUGAAAAAACGUACUCCUCUGAGAAGCAUUAUGAAGCUGGUGGAUGGUGUUAAAUUCAAAUAUAUAUUGUUUUCUUUGUUAGGCUGAUUUCACAGUCAGUGUUCUUGGAUAUGAUGGAGACAGCAGGAGCCAUGGAAUCAGAUGACCCAACAUCCAUAACAUGGCUGUUUUCAAGUGUGUCCUACUAUCUGCUAUUGACAACCAUUUUGGCUGCAAUUUACCUGAUCUAUAACCAGGUGACUGACUCUGAGACCUGGGAGAAGUAUGGUGUAAAGCAGGUCACGAUGGGACUUGUUGAAGAAAGGUAAAUUCUUUCAGUGAAUCUUAUUGUUGGUCAUGACAAAAGUUAUAAUGAAAUGGUUUUUACCAUUUUAGCACUUACUUAGCCUCAAAGCAAAAGCUACCUACAUACAUAUUCAGGAUGCAUAAAUCUUCAGUGGAGUAACCUGUUAUCCGAAAAUUGUUCGUGGGUUGGCAGAUGAUUUCCUCCAAAAAUAUUUGUGUGGUCAAUGUUCAAUGGCCUCACAGCUAAGAUCACCAUUCUGGUCCAAUAGCCAUCUUGGCAUGGACUCUUUUGGUCUCAUGUUGGAGAUAAAAUCAUACCUCUAAAAUUUUAGAUAGAGGCGCUUUGAAAUAAAGUCUUAUUAUGGAGUCAUUAAGUGCACAUAGACAAUGAGAGACCUUAUCUUAAAGGAUGCAGGUUCUUACAUGAGUUUUAUAUUACUGACAUGUAAAAGGAUAUGCUGGAAGGACUAGGACUAGCAUGUUGAGAAGAAGACAAGAAGCAUAAUUGCUAUGGGUUCUAUUGCAGGAUUAAAAUUAAUUAAAUUUAUAAUUUUUAAGACAAAUUUUAAAUAUAGAUCCACCGUCAUUUCUGCCAUUUAUUUUUGUUUACCAAAACAUAUCCAGAAAGCAAAAGGUUAAAAACACAAAACUCCGCCACUGCUUGCAUUUUGCAGGAGGCUAUGUUAUUGCUUCUAAUGUACUGUAAAUAUUUUCAUUUCAACUUGGUUCCAGAGACGGUUAUAAAAAGCUGUUGGAAGAGCAUGGAGACACAUUUGGUUUGAAACGUGGAACCAUGUUUCUUGUGACAAAAGACUUGUCCAUCCUAAGGGAGGUGAUGGUCAAAGAUUUCAACAACUUCACAGACAGAAUUGGGCACUUUAACACAGACACUGUUGUGAGCAAGGGGGUUUUCUUCUUACAGGGUCAAGACUGGCGCAGAAUACGACAGAUCAUCACCCCUUCUUUUAGGUAAGAUAUGCAUGAAUAUAUAGAAAAACAAUUCUUAUAUAAACUAUGAAAAUAAUUUUGCUUGGAAUAAAUACUUUUUGGGGACAACUGGGAACUCAGUAGGGUAAUAAAGAACAUAUGGCACAUAUUUGAAGAAUGACUCAGUAUAAUCAAAUAAAAAGAUUCACAUAAUUGGGUAGGCACAGUCUCUGCUUAAAAUGACACGAGGACUUCAAAAAUGUUAGAAUGGAGGGGAUUAUGAGAGGAAGGUACUGGACAUCACUUUUAGGUAUGCAAGUUGUCUUACAUUGUAAAUGUAUGCGUUUAAAAAUAAUAAUACAAUAUCCAGAUGUAAUGUGCAAUAAACACUCAACUUAUUUAUUACAUUUUACUACAUAUAGUUAAAUAAUGUAAAAAAUAUCACUGAUAAAAAGUAAAGUGAAUGACCCCUUUAUUAUUAUAUUAACAAAAUAAAUCUGCCACAAUCUUACAAGUCUCUAAUUUUUAUGAAUUUUAAUGCUGUCAGUCCUAUGAACAUGUCAAGUGGCAUGGUCUGCAUAAAAGUAUUUUCUAUUACCUGCCCUACACUUUGUCUGCGUUCUCCUAAUCCAGUGGUUCCCAGCCUGUGCUACCCCAACCCCGUAAAUAACUCCUAAACACCAUUAACUUUUGAAACAUAGGGUAGACCUGAUGGGCUCCACCAUAGAAAGUAAUUUGAAAAAUGGCUCAGACAGUCGAAAAGGGUGGGAUUCACUGACCUAAGCAACACAGCUGUCAGGUUUAGUCGUAUGCUAAAUGACAUUGUUCUUAACUAAAAUGAGCAUACCAUUAUUUCCCAAUCUCAGCUCUGGCAAGCUCAAACAUAGUGUACAGACUGUAGAUGAGCGUGCGAUAAAACUGACCAAGAUCCUAGAGGAUUACGCCAGGAAGAGCAAGCUUGUGCCCGUGAAGGACUUGACCAGCCAGUACACCAUUGAGAUCAUUGCCAAGACAGCCUUUGGGCUGGACACUGACUGCCUGGGCAAGGAAGACAACGAGUUCACCAACUACUACAAGACCAUCUUCAAGUCAAGAGGCAGAGUCAUGUCCAAGGUGAUGCUGUUCUUCUACAGAUUCAAAGCUCUCCACAAAUUUCUUGUGAAGGUGGGUCUUAGAGCUUGAGCAGUGUUGUGAAGGUGGGUCUUAGAGCUUGAGCAGUGUUGUGAAGGUGGGUCUUAAAGCUGGUGAAGUGUUGUGAAGGAGGGUCUUAAGCUGGUGCAGUGCUGUGAUGGUUCAUUUUAAAGCUGGGGCAGUGUUGUGAAGGCGAGUCUAAAGCUGGGGCAGUGUUUUUACUCAUCAACCAAAAACCUACAAUGUCACUUUUUUUUCUAAAAGUUAAAUUCUGUCAACUCAGCUGUCAACAUUCUUGUAAAUUAAAAACCCACCCAUCUGACACUAAAUGCUCUUUAUUUAUUUUUUUUUACUACUUCCAGAAUUUGAAAGUUACAUUGUUAGAUGGGGUUAGGUCAGAUGCUGUCUCAUACUUCAAGGGAAUUCUUAAAAAAUCAAUAGAGGAAAGAAAAGGGCUGCAGCAGAAAGGCCAGGAGCCGCCGUCUGAUCUUUUACAGAAUUUUUUGCAGGCCAAUAUUGCGGAGGAUCAAAUAAAACAGGAAGGUAGUAUGAACAAAUUAUGAGAUUGUGUUUUGCUAUUCCAGAAAAUGAGACAGCUAUUGCUUUUAAAAAAGAAGAGGAAAGAGUUGUGACAAUAUUUUUAAAUAUUAAAGAAAAGUAAAAUUUUUGUUUUCACAAAAGAACUAAUCAUUUAUUCAGUAUGCAUUUAUGUGCAAUCCAGCCAAAUACUAAUACAAUUGUUUGGGAUGGUCUUAAACUUCAUAUCUACUCUAAUCAGUUCAUAAAGAAAAAGCCCUAAAGUCACACGUGAACUGACUGACAUAAAAGUAAUGUAAAUGAACAAUGACAGUUAAACAGUUCACUCGAUUCAGUUUAAUUUUUGUUUACUUAUGGUGAUUUUGUAUCUUCUCAAUUUGUUUAUUAAGUUCUUACAAAAUUUAAAUUUAUGAUAACAACAAUUUCGUUAGAGAGCACACCUGAAGAUUGGCAGAGUAACUCAACUCUCGCUAAAGGUCUCAAUUGGGAUAAACUGCCCAAGACCAUGUCAGAGGAAGAGUUGAUUGGUCAGUCCAUGUUGAUCAUGUUUGCCGGGUUCGACACCACAGCCACAACACUUAUGACAUGUCUUUACUUACUGGCCAAACAUAAAGAUGCUCAAGUAAGAGUCUGAGAUAAUUAAAACGAAGGGUCGGCGUUACAGAGCUAUUCUUGAUUGAUUUUUUAAAUCCUUUUUAUUAACUUCCCUUUUGGUCACGUGUUUCUGGCUGGGUGGCUAAUUGACCCACUUCCCGCCAAUCUAUCGAACUGAAACUUGGCACAUAGACUUGUUGCAGAUGACCACACAUUAUAUCAAAAUUUCAGCCCCAGUCCCCAGAUAUAUAUUUUUCAAGGGCAGGUUGAAUGAAAUAUGAAGACACUGACUUCACCAACUAAAAUUCCUGAUAACUGCGCUAAAUGGGAUUCGUAAAAAUAUCGCAAGUGCGUUUGGUGCAAGAUUUUCUUUUUUUUUCUGAAACAGAUGGUGAAAUAAAUCUGCAGUGUAGAAGCCGGUGGGACAUUAGAAUAUCGAUAUAAAAUAAAAUAAUAAAAAAUGCCUAUAAACAAUUUAUAUGAAAAACUUUGUUUUUUUUAGUGGUUGUUUAAUGUUACAGUUUCUGGUCUCAAUCAGAAAAAUUCAAAAGUACAAUUCUAUAAUUAUUGCAGAGGGACGUUAAGUAUUGUGUUUAACUUUAAACCCCUUAAAAAUGUGAACCAUUAUUUUUAAAACACUAAAGUUUGUGCAACGCCGUAGUCUCUGACAAGAAUGAAAUCUUCUUAUUGAUUUGUUACAAAUUAAGGGCAUAGGGAUAUCUUGAGGGUAUCAGUAGUAUAGAAGAUCUCUCUGCCUCAAAGCAAGGCCUCCACACAAUAGUAGCAGGGCAGCAUGGAAUGUUUUUGCAGCUUAAAAUGUGUAGUCUGUCCCACAGUGGAAUGUAAAAAACCAUAACUUUAAUUGUUUGCUAUUUUUAACCCUUGACUAGAUUGGAACUCCAUCAAUUAAUAUAUUUUUCUCUGUUGAAAGAUAAUUUCAGUACAAAGUUUUGUGGGAAAAUGUUUCAAAUUGUUUAACACUGUUUUCAAUCUCAAUAAAAAAAUAUGUGUAACUCUUGUGAAACAAAAUAUGCACAUUGCAGUAUUUGGUUCAUGUUAUUUUUUUUUUUUCUACAUCUUCACUUAAAACAUUUUUUUUUUAUGUAGGAAAAGGUGUACAAAGAAAUAGAGAGUAUUGUCCGGGGUGCAUCCCCCACUUAUGAAGAGUUGGGACAGCUGACCUACAUGGAACAAGUCAUCAACGAGACCCUACGUUUGUACCCCCCUGCUCCAAUCAUGUCCAGAUUGGCUGCAGAAAGCCGGACAUACGGCAGCAUCACUGUCCCUAAAGGUGCAGGGGUCAUGAUCCCAAUAUUUGCUGUACUUAAGGACCCUAAGAAUUACCCGGACCCUGAAAAAUAUGAUCCGGAUCGGUUCUCAGAUGAGAACAAGGCAAAGAGGGACCCUAUGGCUUUCAUGCCCUUUGGAUAUGGUCCACGUAACUGCAUUGGAAUGAGAUUGGCCUACUUGGAGCUGAAAAUAGCUUUGGCCCACAUUAUUAGGAAAGUCACCUUUGAACUGAAUGAGCAAACUGAGCCCAAGAAAGGGGAAGACAUUGUGAUCAAAGGCCAUGGGAUCCUACGUACAGAAAAACCCAUUAAGUUGGCUGUAAAGAUUAGAGGUUGAUAAACUUCCAUGCAAACAAAAUAUAAGUGUAGUCUUGAAUACUGUUGCUUAAUUAAACUGAAUUCUCAGAUGUUAUUUUUUAAAUAUAAUUUUUUUUUUUUUAUUUCUUGGGCUAUUCAAAAAAAGGUCAUUUUGUUCCAAUAUUUGGAAUGUGAUUUCAAAUAAUUUUUUCAAGGACAUGUCUGUCAUGUUUUUUAAAUGUUGUAUUCUUAUUGAUCAAUUACCGGUAUCUAUUAUUAAUAGUAAUAGUAUUAAAACACAUGUAAAAGUCUAUAAUAUAAUCAGUGUAGUAGCCAAUGUUCCUCUAAGGUUUGUUGGUUCGUGUGCAAAAUCAUAAAUUUAUGUGCAAAUUUUUACAGCAUCAAUUUUUUUGUGCGCAAAUUUUACAGCCUACAGACACAAACACAUCCUUAAGUGGAAAUUAGCUGCGCUGUACUCAAAACUGCUGCGCGGCGUCUGUGAGAUUACUGCGCAGCCGCGCAGCUUAAAGGGAACAUUGGUAGUAGCUAGAGUUUAUGAUGAAAACCACAACACAUACAGAAUAAAUAUUAAAAAAACAAGCUAUUUGAAGUAUAUGAAGUGGACAGAAAGUACCACCCCGAAAUAAGUUUGAGCUCUGCAGAGCCCCCGACUUCCAUGACUAAAACUAAGAUAGCUAAUAUUUUUGAACAACCAUUUAAAAUUUGUUGCAAGAUUUUAAAGAAAACAUUUAAGAAAACUUAUCAACAUCUCAAAUGUGUUUAACUUUCGUUCAUAAUUUAUAAUUAAUUAUACCUAUACAUAUUAUAUUUUUAUAUCCAAAUUUAAAAUAAUUUGUUUUUUUUGUUGAACUGAAUAUUUACAAUUUUUAAGAAUUUUUUGUAAAGUGCUUAUUGUUUUAUAAAUAAAUCUCCCAUACUUUUUAUGGGGUUUUUACCAUAAUGUAAUCACACAAUAUUUAUACUUUUUUGUCUCGUUUUUUAUCUUUUUUUUCUUCAUUUGAUGAAUUUAUUAUAAUUAUAAUUCAAAUGAAGUAAACUAAGACCGCUGUCAUGUCUUUAAGCCGUACCCCAGAAAAAGUGGAUGUAGCUACCACUGGUCAGCUCCUCUGUCAAAACCAGGAGCUUAAACUUAAAUAUCUGGAAGCAUUUUCACAGAGGAUGGAAGAAUGGAUAGAGUAGAGAGAUGGAGACAAGAGUGCUGCAGGCAAAUGCAGUCAGCUAACAAAUUGGCUCCUGUACUAUGACACCCAAGAAUAAAGGUGGAGAUCAAAGCCAGGCUACUUAAUUAACGCUGUCUUUAUUCCUGCCCUUAAUCACCAGUGUAAAAACUGGGCUCUGAAUAAAAGUUUUGAUAGAAAAAUAAGGCGAGCAGCCGGUUAAUUAACCAAAAAGGGACCCCAUUUGGAACCGGGAAAUAAGACACAUGGUUGGUGCUAUCCCAAUCAGUCCAGUAUAUGGUCCAACCACAAAUUUCUUGGUUUUGCCAGCUGGUCAGAUAGCCUGUCAACCAACCUGCAUUUCAGGUGUAAGAUAACGAGCAAUCUGGUUUUUAGGGCGAGAGGGAGACCAUACCGUCUGUGUGUUGACUGUGUUUAAGGACACCCAAAAAAUCCACAACAUGAACGUCCAGCAGCCCCCUCAGUCAACUGGACAGAAGAGGAAGAUAAAGUAGGAUUUUAUUAAGACUUUCAUUAGUUUCAUAUCUACGUUUGAAGGUACCGGUAUCAAGUUCUCUGUGAAUGCAUUUUAAGACUUUCAUACCCAUGAUUGCAGGUGUCAAGUUCUCUGUGAAUGCAUUUUAAGACUUUCAUACCCAUGAUUGCAGGUGUCAAGUUCUCUGUGAAUGCAUUUUAAGACUUUCAUACCCAUGAUUGCAGGUGUCAAGUUCUCUGUGAAUGCAUUUUAAGACUUUCAUACCCAUGAUUCCAGGUGUCAAGUUCUCUGUGAAUGCAUUUUAAGACUUUCAUACCCAUGAUUGCAGGUGUCAAGUUCUCUGUAAAUUCAGCUUAAGACUUUCAUACCCAUAAUUGCAGGUGUCAAGUCCUCUGUCAAUUCAGCUUAAGACUUUAAAUACUUUAAAGAUUCAUAGCCAUGUUUGGAGUGACAUACAAAAUUGCUCUACGCCCCACUUGCUGUAGCUAAAAUUGAAUAAAUUACCAGGUGAUCCAUUAAAAUCAUUCUCAUUAAAAUUAAACUCAGUCUUACUAUU